AUGACGGAUCACGUACGACGUUUCAAACACCAGAAAAACAACAUGUCUUUCCGAACAGUACUGCUCUACCCUUUCAAGACCAAGGCACGUUUCGACCUGGAUUACUACACCAACAUACACAUGCCACUGGUACAAAAGCACUUCUCCCCUCACGGCCUCAAGUCCUGGGAGAUCACCAAGUUCAGCCCUGAAACGAACCAACAGUUCAACAUCCAAGUCAUCUUGAUGGGGGAAUCCGCUGAAGGAGCUAAGGCAGCAGGCGACACCCCGGGAGCUAAGGAGUUGGCGGACGAUGUAGCAAACUUCAGCGAUGAGUUGCCGCUUAUGUUGACCGGGACAGUGGUCAAAUCGUCGUUGUGA